UUUGCUGCUCCUAAUAGCUCAUUUUACCCAUAUUUUCCUCAUAUCGGAAACAAACCACACGCUGUUCGUUUGCCUCUCCAAUUACCUCAACUUCCUUCUCAACGGAGUAAAAUCUUCGUUCACUGAGGUUUAAGUACAAAAACUUGUCGUCUUAUUGUAUCGUUACUUAUUAGAGCUCGUUUUUCACAAUGAGCUUCUAUCUAAAUGAAGAACAAACAAUUUCUGGUAAAUGUUUGGAUGUUCUUGAUAAAUUGGAAACACUCAUUCAGGGUACACGUACCUGUUUAAAUAAUGAUCCCAGCAAUUCUCGAACACUGCUUCAAUCAUGUACUGAAAAAGUAACAGAGCUACAAACAUCUAUGGAGCAGAUUGAGAAGAAAUACAACUCAAAACUGAAUAAGCUCUCUAAGGAGUUUGAGAAGAAAUGCCCUAAUGCUUUGGACAAGGUAAUUGAAACGAAUGGUGUCCAUGUUUAUUUACCUAUGCUUCUUGCUGAUCAUUACGUUCGGAUUGGAGAUAUGGAAUUGGCCAAAGCGGUCAAAGGUGUAAAUUUUAACGACUGGGAUGAUUAUCAGUCUGCGGAAUACUCCGAGGCUUGUAAACUUUUAAACCUUAUUAUGGAACGCUUUAGUCUAUUUGAUCUGAAACCUGCUAUUGAGUGGGCCAAAGAUAACCAUGAUAUCCUUAUGGAAAGGGGAAGCAAUUUGACACUUUUAUUACACAAGUUUGAGUGUCUUCAUAUCCUCAUGGAAACAAGGGAUCCUGUUCGAUGCAUGCAGUACUGUCGUAAAAAUCUGACCAACUUACAGGGAGCAGACUUGUCAGAGUUACAAAGCCUAUUUAUGUCUUUUCUGCUCGUUCCAAAAAGUCCCAACGUAUCUGACGACAUGUCAUCACUUCAGGAGUAUAUAGGCGAACUGGAUUGGGACAGAUUAAAAGAUACAUUUACUUCUGAAUACUGUAAGAUAAAUGGUCUCCCAGUGGAGUCACCGCUACAAACUGUACUCGACGUUGGCACUUUCGCAUUGACAGCAUACAUUAAGUUUUCUAAAAUAUCGUCGAAAAACUUUCAGCCUUUGAACGAUGGUUUAACGAUGCCUAUGGACAUCGACCUUCCAGAAAAGUACCGCUAUCACAGCUUAUUCAUUUGUCCCGUUAGUAAACAGCAAUCUACGGCUGACAAUCCACCUAUGUUGCUUGCUUGUGGUCAUGCCAUAUCAAAGAACAGUAUGUUACACUUGACUCAAAAUAGUCAUCGCAAGUGUAAAUGCCCCUACUGUCCAAUAGAGACGAAUCCUUCAGAUGCAAUGCAACUAUAUUUUUGAAGAAGUUUUGUAUUUUUCCCCUAGUGUUGCAGUGUUAUUUUACGGUUAAUGAUAGCUUUAUGAGAUUUAUGAUUCACGUUCAACAA